CCCAUUUCCUCCUGCAGGCACACGGUCCGGUUUGUAACGGGGUGGACUCCGGUUUGAGAAGUUACGUCAGUUUUUUUUUUUUCUUACCGGAGAUUUCUGUCACCGAGAGUAAACAACUCCACGUUGCGACGGAGCACAGCUUCUACCGUGCGGCAAUCCAAAGCGUCGUAAAAUAACGUAAAGUCGGGGCAAUGAUGAAUUUGAUUGUUUUUGCUUUAUUAAAGUUAAAUGUCUGAAAGCUUUCAGCGGUGCAGCGGUUCUACCUCUGUUGAAUCAGUUUGAUGAACAUGAGUAUUAGUUAUUUAUUUUUUUAGCGUUCUGGGGUAAAUGAAGCGCAGACCAUGUUACGCGUGUAGAUCCACACUGUGGCGCUGGAUCUCCUCUCACGGCGCAGCAGCGACUCUGCAGAGCGCAACUUAAGUCUCACGGUAAAUCCCUCUGAGCAGCGGGGCUCACUGACGGAGCUCUGCGGGAACUUUCAGGAAAUGCAACAGGUGGAGGAGCCGAGGGAACGAACCGCGUCCUGCCCUCUCGUUAGCGUCCCGGGCUAGCUGCUGUAUGUACUUUAAGGUGCCUGUGGGCGUCGGACAGGGAAACAACUGCGCAGUCUUUCACACGGUCAGGUGGCACCAUGGAUGACAACAGCCACAAUGUCUCCAAUGUAAAGGUCGCUGUUCGUGUGCGACCAAUGAACAGGAGAGAGAAAGAGCUGAAGACAAAAUGUGUGGUGGAGAUGGAGGGGAACCAGACAGUUCUGCAUCCGGCCAUCACCAGCAUGAACAAAGGAGACCCUCGGAGUCAGCCGAAGGUUUUUGCCUAUGACCACUGCUUCUGGUCGAUGGAUGAAUCUCAGAAAGACAAGUUUGCAGGCCAGGAUGUAGUGUUCCAGUGCCUUGGGGACAGUCUGCUGGACAACGCCUUCAUGGGCUACAACGCCUGCAUCUUUGCUUAUGGACAGACGGGUUCUGGGAAGUCGUACACCAUGAUGGGCUCGGCGGAGCAGCCCGGUCUGAUCCCUCGGCUCUGCAGCUCCCUGUUCAGCAGGACUGUGCAGGAGGCCCAGGAGGGGGAGAGCUUCACUGUGGAGGUCUCCUUCAUGGAGAUUUACAACGAGAAGGUCCGAGACCUGCUCGACCCCAAAGGAAGUCGACAAGCACUGAGAGUGAGAGAACACAGCGUUUUUGGGCCUUAUGUCGAUGGCCUGUCUCGCCUGGCAGUGGCCAGCUACAAGGACAUUGAGUCUCUGAUGUCAGAGGGAAAUAAAUCUCGCACGGUGGCGGCAACGAAUAUGAAUGAAGAGAGCAGCAGAUCCCACGCUGUGUUCAACAUCAUCCUCACACACACACUCAUGGACCUAAAGUCCGGGACGAGUGGAGAGAAGGUGAGCAAGCUGAGUCUGGUGGAUCUGGCUGGCAGCGAGCGGGCAGCCAAGACGGGAGCGGCGGGGGAACGUCUGAAAGAAGGGAGCAACAUCAAUAAGUCUCUCAGCACUCUGGGUUUAGUCAUCUCGGCCUUGGCUGACCAGGGAGCAGGGAAGAACAAGAAUAAGUUUGUUCCCUACAGAGACUCUGUGCUCACCUGGCUGCUCAAGGACAGCCUGGGAGGGAACAGCCGCACGGCCAUGGUCGCCACCAUCAGCCCUGCCGCAGACAACUACGACGAGACGCUGUCCACCCUGCGUUACGCUGACAGGGCCAAGAGCAUCGUCAACCACGCCGUCGUCAACGAAGACCCCAACGCCAGGAUCAUCCGAGAGCUCCGGGAGGAAGUGGAGAAACUGAGGGAGCAGCUUACCGAGGCUGAGUCUAUGAAGGCCCCCGAGCUGAAGGAGCGGCUGGAGGAGUCUGAGAAACUAAUUCAAGAAAUGACGGUCACCUGGGAGGAUAAACUCAGGAAGACUGAGGCUAUUGCACAGGAGCGUCAGAGGCAGCUGGAGAGUCUGGGCAUUUCCCUGCAGUCCUCUGGGAUCCGAGUGGUGGACGACAAGUGUUUCCUGGUCAACCUCAACGCCGACCCCGCCCUCAACGAGCUGCUGGUGUACUACCUAAAGGAACACACUCGUGUGGGCUCAGCCAACUCGCAGGACAUCCAGCUGUGCGGCAUGGCCAUCCAAGCUGAGCACUGUGUCAUCGACAUCACAGAAAGCGACGGCGUGAUGCUCACUCCUCACCGCAACGCUCGAACAUGUGUGAAUGGUUCUGCAGUCACCAAUCCAGUCCAGAUUCAUCACGGUGACCGCAUCCUGUGGGGAAACAACCACUUCUUCAGGAUCAGUCUGCCGAGGCAUAUGGUCCACGGGGGAGGUGAGGACGAGGAGGGCGGCACUGCGAUGAAGACGUGCUUGAGCACCGGGCGACUGGAGGUGGACUUGGACGCUUCCAGCGACGUGUCGAGUGAGCUGAGCUUCGGCUAUGAGUUUGCCCAGGCCGAAGUCAUGAUGAAAGGCAUGGGCAACAACGACCCCUUGCAGUCGGUCUUACAGACGCUGGAGAGACAGCACGAGGAGGAGAAGCGCUGCGCCCUGGAGCGGCAGAGGCAGAUGUACGAACAGGAGCUGCAGCAGCUCCGCCGAAGGCUCACUCCGGAGAAACCCUCCCACCUCCUCGACCCGACGGGCCUGCUGCCCGGCUCAGCAGCUGCUGUGACGUCACCCACCACUCAGAAACGAAUGCGGCGCUGGAGCGAGGACAGAGAAGCAAUGAUGACUCGCAGCCUGCGGCGUCUGAAGGAGCAGAUAGUUCGGGCCAACCUGCUGGCACAAGAGGCUGGAUUCAUAGCUGAGGAGCUUAACAAGAGGACAGAGUACCUGGUUACUCUGCAGAUACCUGCUGCCAACCUGGAUGCCAACAGGAAGCGUGAUGCAGUAUUGAGCGAGCCAGCCAUCCAGGUCCGUCGUAAAGGUAAAGGGAAGCAGAUCUGGGCUCUGGAAAAGAUGGAGAACAGGCUGGUGGACAUGAGGGAGCUCUACCAGGAGUGGAAGGACUUUGACGAAGACAACCCUGUGAUGCGGUCUUAUUUCAAGCGUGCCGACCCGUUCUUCGAUGAGCAGGAGAACCACAGCCUGAUCGGCGUGGCCAACGUCUUCCUGGCCUGCCUGUUCUACGACGUCAAGCUUCAGUAUGCAGUGCCCAUCAUCAACCAGAAGGGAGAGGUGGCAGGUCGGCUGCAUGUGGAGGUGUGGCGUGGUACGGAGAGCUCUGAGGCUGACGGUCCGGGACAGUGUGACACUCAGCAGAACGUCGCAGACAGAGAUCCACAGGAGCGCAGGCUGGACUGUGUGGUGAAAAUCCUCCACGCCAACGGUCUGCCUCGCCACCUGUCAAACUUCGUCUUCUGUCAGUACCACUUCUGGGGGCAGGUGGAGCCGGUGUUCAUCGCUCCAGAGAUGGAGCCAUCCGGCUUAUCCUCCACCUCCAAAGACCCUCAGUGCACAGUGGUCUUCGACAGCGCCAAGGAGUUGUCUGUGACAGUGUCGGAGGAGUUUGUGGAAUUUUUGGCCGAUGGCGCAGUGGCUAUUGAAGUGUACGGUCACAAGCAGGCCAACCAUCGCAGGAACCUGGCACUGUGGGACCUGGGAGUGAUUCAAGCCAAGACCAGAUCCCUCAGAGAAAGAUGGAGCGAGGUGACCCGUCGACUGGAGCUGUGGGUGCAGCUGAUGGAGCUAAACGAGGCCGGAGAGUUCACAGCUGUGGAGGUUCUUCCAGCUAAAGACGUACGAACAGGAGGAAUCUUCCAGCUCCGACAGGGUCAGUCCCGUCGGGUUCAGGUGGAGGUGCGUUCAGUACCGGACUCUGGCACCAUGCCUCUCAUCGCUGCCUCCAUCCUCUCCGUUUCUAUCGGAGACGUCAAGAUCCGACAGAUGCAUCCCCCGAGAGGCAGCGGAUCACAAUGGGGUGAAGAUGAAGACAUGGACAGCUACCAAGAGGUAGAUCUGGAGAGGAUGAGGGAACAGUGGUUGUACAUUCUCACUCAGAGGCAGGAAUAUCUGGACCAGCAGCUCCAGAAGAUAGUUUGCAAACCAGAUAAGUCAGAGGACGAUGUCGAGAGAGAGUCUCAGCUGCUUGAGUGUCGUCUAACACUCACCGAAGAACGCAAUGCCGUUCUGGUGCCGUCAGCUGGCAGCGGCAUCCCAGGAGCUCCGGUAGAGAGGGUUCCUGUUCCUGGAAUGGAAACACACAUUCCUGUCUUGUUCCUGGAUCUCAGUGCUGAUGAUUUCCAGUCUAGUCUCUCAGCCCCGUUGGCCGGGGGGCUGGAUGCUUUACUCAGUGGGGAGGACGAUGACGAAUUCUUUGACCUUCAUAUUGUUAAGCACUACGAUCCAGAGGUGAAGGUGGAGGCUUCCUGGGACUCGACAGUCCACGACUGCCCCCAGCUUAGUCGCGCAUCGGCUGACCAGAGGGUCUACCUGACUGUGUCCGCGGUGGUUCAGCUGAGCCACCCGGCCCACAUGCAGCUGGUGCUCCGGAAACGCAUCUGCGUCAACGUAGCCGGAAGACAGGGUUUUGCUCAGAGCCUCCUGAAGAGGAUGUCUCAGCGCAGCACCAUCCCCGGCUGUGGAGUCACCUUUGAAAUCGUUUCUAACAUCCCGGGGGACAUCCACGGUCCAGAGGACAGGGAGAUGCUGGCUAGGCUGGCUGCCAGCACUGAGGACGACCAGUCAGCUGACAGCGAGGCGGCCAUAGAGAAAUACCUCCGCAGCGUGCUAGCUGUAGAGAACAUCCUCACUCUGGACAGACUCAGACAGGAGGUGGCUGUGAGAGAACAGCUGGCAGUCAGAGGGAAAGCUCCCAGACGCUGCCUGAGCUCUCCAAACAUCAACCGGCUGUCAGCCAGCAGUCUGGAGCUCUACUCAUCCACUCACAGGCUCAGUGACAUCAAGGGCUGGGAGAGCCACCAGGAUCUUUCUGUGGCGCCUCCUCCAUCUAGACGGACACUGCCCAGCUCCACAUCCCAGAACCUGAACCCAGAAACAGUGAAGGCCGUGCCCAAGCUGUUGAAGUCGCUGCUUCCUGGUGGGAAGGAAGAUAGUAGAGACCAGACAGCUGUCCAUCAGCAGAGUUUGCCUCGCAUCAUGGUGCAGUCAGCCAGCGUUGAAGAGGGCAUGAGCAAGCAGCAGCAGCCUGUUCCCAUUGAAGAAAUCAUUCCUCCGGACCUCCAAACAGAGAGCCCCAGAUCUGUGCCCCUACCACCCCCAAUCAUCCCAGAGACAGAAGACGACUCCACCCACAGCCCAGUGAGCGAAGCAUCAAGCGGAUACAUCUCGACUAGUAUAUCUACAGCAACGCUGUCAGAAGUCUACACACUGAGCUGGGACCUGCCUCCGUCAUCCGGCAGCAGAUCUGACGGCUUUGAGGCGGUGCCAGAUGAAGAGGAAGAGGACAAUAAAGUGACUUGUCCUGAAUCUUUUCUUGUGGACCAAUCAGGGCUCCAGGAAUCUUUAUUGGUUUCAGGCGAUAAAGAAGCUGAAGAAAAAAAUGACUCACCACCACCCAAACCAGACAACACUCCAUCAGAUUCAAACCUGAGUCAACAAGAAUCAAAUUUGUCUCCAUCAGUCCAGUUGAAAGAAUCUAAUUCAGCUGGAGAAUCAGACUUACCAUGCCAGACCAAACAAAAGCAAGACUCGACAAUUAGCCCUACUGAACCAAAACAAUUUGUCAGUUUGGACCCACUUGAAGAUUCAUUGUUCGUACAAGAGAAUGAAACCAAACAGACAGAGGUUUCACAGACAGACCACUCAAAACCAGAAACCCCUCAGACAGAAGAACUCGAGCCAGCUGCAACAGACAAGACAGAAGCUGAACUGUCACUCCACUACGAAACACAACCAUCUACAGAAGAGGAUCAGUCUGAGCCUAUCGUCCCUCAGCCACUGCAGCCCAAACAAGACCAAACAACUGUGGACAAUGCUCAAGACCCAGCUCCAAACCUGAUCCCAGUUGUGCCUGAAGUCUUAGUUUCAGCUCCUGCCUCACCUGGGAAUCCAGUUCUAACUUCAUCUGAUGAACAGGCCACUUCGGAUGUCUUAAACCCAAACAAUGCCUCCAUCCCGACUUCAUCCACAACCAUAGCUGAAGUCCAACAGGAAGCACCUGCCAAUGCAUCUACAAAAGCCACCACAGCUCCAGAUCCUUCUGUGUCCAGUGUCUUACCUUCCAAACCUGAUGUUUCAGUGGCAAACCCUUUCAAGAUCCAGAAAGUCAAGUCUUCAGACCUCAAGUCCUUUCAGCGUAUUCUAGGUGAGGAUGAGGAUAAGCCGACACAGGUGGGCCGGGCCAGCAGCCUUGGGGCAGGACUUAACCUCUCUGUGCCAAUGGAAAGUUUGGAAAUCAUCUCUGACUCUGAGGAAGGAGAUUCAGCUGCCAACACUGUUCUUCCUGACUGGUUGAAAGAAGGGGAGUUUGUGACUGUGGGGACCAAUAAGAGCGGCACCGUCCGUUAUGUUGGACCCACAGAUUUUGCAGAGGGUACCUGGGUGGGAGUGGAACUAGAGGUACCAGCAGGAAAGAAUGACGGUUCAGUUGGUGGCAAGCACUACUUCCACUGUAAUCCUGGUUAUGGAGUCCUGGUAAAGCCAGACAGGGUGAGCCGGGGUGGCGCCAAGCGCCGUCGCCAGCAGCAAAAGCGGCGUAGCGCCAAUCUGUCUGGAUCCAGCCCAAACCUGGCAGCCCUUACUGCUCUGGCCAAAGGCGAAGGUGGGGGGGCAUCAACCGGACGUAGCAGAGGAGAGAACCGCAAGUCAUGGAACACUUGAGAGGCUCGGUAUCUUGAUAAUUGCUGGACACCCACUCACCCAUCACCCACAUGCAGCUGCUGGUUGAUGUGAUUAUAGGGUAAUCUUUUAGAAAGAGUGACAAUAUAGUGUUUUAUUUGGGAAGAUCAACUACAGGCUUCACUGUAUCUGCUCCUUCACUGUAAGUUUAAGUCGACACACAGUUGUUGUUGUUCCCCUGUCGGGAGAGGGAACCAUAGGUAUCCUUACUUAUCGUACUACAGAAAACUAUUGAAUGUUUUAUCAGAGAAUGUGAAUGUUUUUAGGUAUGUAGAUUCGAAUAACCAUUUUGUUUGCAAUUAAUUUAAUUUUAAUGUCUGAUAUUGCUUACACUACACCUUGAUAUGCUCAUACUUCUACUACUGUUCAAAAUCUAUGAUGCAGCUGCACGUUUGGAUAGUAUCGUAAACUGCUUGUACCGACUGGUAUCGUUUGAUUGGAUGUGCUAAUAUUUCAUUCUUGUGCCUUUGAAAUAUUACGACUACUACUCAACAAAGUUGCCUUUGUGUUAUACCACCAAAUACUGUGCUGCUGGUAGGUUGAACACCAGUUAACUGGAGCUUGUUUUAGGUCUUGAAUGUGUAUUUCUACUGUUUUUAGAGAAAAAUACUUGCACUUCUUUGAAAUUCUACAACUUUUUCUUAAAUCAGCUUUGUCUGAAAGCAAAUGUGUCAAGAUUAAUUGGAAGCGACAUGUUUUUAAAGAGAGCUGCAGUCUUUUGAAUUGUUUGUAUGGGAACAUGUUGAUUUGUACGUGAUGAGAAUACUUGAGGGAUUGUGUUUAUUGUAUUAAGUAUUAAUUUUUGUUUGAGUAAGAUAUUUUGUACUUCUGCAUUCAAGUUGAUCUUUUUGACUGCCGGGCUUUUUAUUUAUUUAAAGAUGAAGACAUGAUAUUUGUAAUGGAAAAUCAAAAGUAAUUUUUUAUAUUUAAAUAAAUUUCAUUCUGCUAUCA